AUGGAUAACGACACGGAUUACCAGGAGCUAUUACAACGAAGAUAUUUCUAUAGUUAUCUUAGCAGUUCAAUUUUUAUUGUUCUUUGCGCUUUGAUUGGCAUAACUGGAAAUUUUGCCAUUAUAUUUUUCUACUUUUUUCGCAUCAAAGAGAGGGGAGAGCGCUACUUUAUUCCGUUACUAGCCAUCGUUGACCUUGUAGCAUGUUUUACAAGUCCCCCUUUCUACAUCAUUGACAACACCUUCUUCUUUAAUUACCCGAGUGAUACUGCUUGUCGAAUUCUCUCAUUUCUACAGACUUGUGUUCCUGGAGCGUCGGCUCAUAUACUUCUUGUUAUAUCUAUUCAGAGAUACCUUCUUGUUUGUAAACCUUUCGGUCCAAAAAUGACCCUUAUUUGGAAAAGAGUUUUCUUUGGAGUAGUGUGUGGACUUUCCGUGGCUUAUUCUGCUCCUCUGCUUUGGACAGCUGGGGUAUUAGAGUCAAUAGAAAUAUUCAUGGACCACAAUGUGACCAUUAAGAUAUGUAAAUUUUCUGUUGACUCGUCACCAACAAUAACCGUGUAUUUUGGAUUUUUGACUCUUAUUAUGCUGGCAAAUUUGUUUAUUACAGCUGGAUUGUAUGUUCCCGUUUUGAAGCGAGUUAGGCGGUCCUUUCUUGAAAGAUCCAGGAAAACUGAAGCUUAUAGAGAAGAGAUUAUGGAAUCAUCAUGUGCAACGCAAACAACUGAAGCAGAGAAUGGUUCUGUAGACUCUACCAACAAUGUCAAAGAUUCAAAAGUAAUACAAUUAAAUGAGAGAAAAUUAAAUAUUCCAACAAAUAAUUGCCAAGAAACUGUUCGUAAAUCUUCAAGUAAUAUCUCUGAAAAUGGUGCUGAAACAAAUGUGAGCUAUCCCGGAAGUACUUCAAAUAAAAAGUCAAGAACAAAACUGGGGUCCGUGCAGAGAAGAGUGACUUGGAUGUUUUUUGUUAUAAUAGUUGCUUAUGUCUUUUCUUACAUACCACCACUUGUCAUUUUGAUUCUUGUGUACACAAUUGAAGAUUUUAAUUUCAUAACCCUUUCAGAAGCCCAGACUCUUGCAUGGCUUUACUUUGCACGUUUUGUGUUUUUGAAUCAAAUUAUCAAUCCCUUUAUUUACGGUUAUUUUGAUACAAAAUUCAGGAAUAAGCUUCGUAUCUGUUGCAGGAGAAGAAAUACGAAAACGUUCAACAUCAUGUAAACUUUUUUUUCUAAA